AUGUCGUGCCCACCAAAAAUGUCACUGGUUUUACCAAUGAGCGAUGGCACCCCAUUGGUGACUGAGCUGGUACCUGGUGAGGAUUCACACCUUUAUAUUUAUCAACUAUUGGAGUAUGCGGUUGAAAGUGGGGAUAUGGUUAUCGGGCUUGACACAGAAUGGUGCAUGAAAGAGAUCAAACUUGGAGUUUUCAGAACUGAAUACAGACCCUGCGUUGGCCUACUGAAGCUGCGCUCAGCAUUUGGUUGUGUGCUUAUUAGGCUUGAAAACUCUGCUUCUGCUUCUGACUCUCUAAAACGAUUUUUUGCUGUUAAAGAUAUCAUGUUUGUUGGGGUUCGAAUGAAAGAAGACCUUCAGAACCUGAGAGAGGAAUAUGGGAUAAUAAUUCGGAACGCGGUGGAUCUCAGUGAUGUGUCUGCUAAAGUUCUUGGUCAGCCUGAGCUUAGUGCCUACGGCGGAAGGGAAUUGGCUAGUAAAGUUCUGUCCAUUGAGAUUCUGCCAAGGUCUUUACUGUCGAUAUGGACGAUUAGGUCUGAUAGUUUUCCUAGUCUUGAGCAGGUUGAGUCUGCAGCUACUGAUGCUUAUGCUACAUACAAAGUUGGGAGAAGGCUAUCGAGCAGUGGAGUUGAUGCUUUCCUGCUUCCUCUGCAAAAGGAAUAG